AUGCAGUACAACCACCGCAGCCGCUUGCCUCCGCCGCCGUUCGGCCGCGGCGGGUAUCCCCGCGGCCACAAGCAGCCGUACUACGCUCCGCCUCCUCCUCCGCCGUUUCCUCCGGCGCCGCCGCCGCCGCCGCUAGAGCGCAAGUACGAGGUGCUGAUGGAGGCCGGUCGCCUCGCCGCCGAGUAUCUGGUCGCCCAGGGCGUGCUCCCGCCGGAUGCCCUGCAGCGCGGCGCCGGCGUCUCAGGCGCGUGGCCCGCUCAUCCUCUUCCUCCGCCCCCGCAGCUGCCACCGCAGGAACCCCCUGUGUUUUAUGGCCGGAGGAGGUAUGAAGAUGAAUACAACAAUAACCCUAGCGGCCAGCCUAGGCGAGCCAAUGGCACUACUAGUAGCAUCAGUAGCAGAGAUGAUUGCAGCCGUGGCAGCUACAAUGGAAGAGGGAAGAGGAAGUAUGGGGAAUACAGGAGGGGGUAUUUGGAUUCAGGGAGGGACAGGGAGAAGGAGAGGGGAAGGCCAUUUCCAAAUGGCCGGCGCUACGAGGAUGGGGAUGAAGAUGGGGCACCUGGGUUUCGGAGGGAGCGACGCGGCAAUCGGGGGAGUGAUGAGGUGAGAACUAGUGUUACAGAGGCAGUGAGGGAGGGGACACCAUUGACAGUGAAGGCUGUAGCAGGGGUAUGCAUGGAGGAUACAACGUCGAAGAUUAUGAGCUCUGUCGAAGAUACUAGUAAGGAUGCUACUGAUGCGCCAAAGGUGCUGGAGGAGACUGAGGAAGGUGAGGUGGAGGAUGACAGUGAGACACAGAAUUCAGAAACUGAGGUGAUCAAGCAAGGGAUAGACACCGAUGUAAAUCAUGCUUCUUGUCGUGUUGUUACAGAGUCAGAUGCCAACCAGUUGCCAGAUGGUAAGAUUCAAGAUGAGAUUCUUGAUGAGGAAGCUGAAUAUGACAAAAAAGUUAUGGAUGAGGCUACUUUGGAUCACAACACUUCUGAUGGUGAUGUGACAAAUAUGGAAGUUGAGAUGCACGUUGGUAAGAAGAGUUUGAUUGACUAUUGUAACUUCACAAGAACCCCAACAAGGCCCAGGUCAGUGCGUGCACACAGAAAUGCAGCGUCUAUCCCAGGAGAAACUGCAGUAGUUGAAACAGUUGAUCUAGUUUCUUCUGGUCAAGCUUCACAGAUGGUAAUCGGUGAAUCUGCUGAGAGAUCUUUGACUAACAGUGCGUCAGAAAACAGAGAAGAUAAAAUUUGCCAAGAAAACACUAGCUCUGGUGAUGUCUGUGCUCCACCAAAAGAGUCGAUGCUUCUUCAAGAAAAUGGAAUACCAGCUGUGACUGAAAACAUGGCAGAAGAGAAGGUUGAUGCACAACCACAUGUGGUCGGCCAGCAAUAUAAGGAAGAAACUAACUUAUCUCCGUUAACGGAUGCCCUCGAGAAGAGCUCGAUGCAGGAAACCACCUUAUCUCCAUUUGCAGCUUCUCACAAGGAUAAGUUGGCGCAAGAGGAUGGCUUGAUGCAAGAAGCUGAUUUGUCUCCGUUGACAGCUAAUAACAGGGAUAGCUUGAUUGAAGAAACCGAAUUGCCUCCAUCAACAGCUUCUCACAAGGACAGCUUGAUUGAGGAAACUAACUUAACUCAGACAAUAUCUUAUGAGAAUAACUUGAAGUUUCAAUUUAAGGAAGGAACACAGAUCUGUCAUAUUGAUAUGCUGCCACAAGAUGUGCACCUGAUUGAGUCGCCCGAUCAAAGGAAAAUCAUUGAUCGUGAUGUUGGUGCUGAAGCUGUCAUCGAAAUGGAAGAAGGAAAGCUGGAUCAAUCUAGCUCACUAAAUCUAUCGGAUCUUGACCUAGUUGGUAGUACAGAGGUUGCCGCUAUACACAAUAAUCCAGUGUUGGUCCAGCCAUCUGCAGCUGGAUCUUCCGCAGAGUCAAAUAAUAAACAGCAAGAAGAUCCUGAAACUUUUACAGGUGCCAAUGCCAGUCCUACAGAUGAUUUAUGCCAGCUUCCAUUAGACAAUAAGGAUGUUCAGGUAAUUGAUAUAGAAUGUGGCACACCAGUUGAAGUUGGUGGAUUUGAUUUGUCGAAGUCAAUGCACAAUAAUCCAGUGUUGGUCCAGCCAUCUGCAGCUGGAUCUUCCGCAGAGUCAAAUAAUAAACCGCAAGAAGAUCCUGGAACUUUUACAGGUGCCAAUGCCAGUCCUACAGAUGAUUUAUGCCAGCUUCCAUUAGACAAUAAGGAUGUUCAAGUAAUUGAUAUAGAAUGUGGCACACAAGUUGAUGUUAGUGGAUUUGAUUUGUCAAAGUCAAAGAAUGAGAUGGUAUGCUCUAGCAUGGAUAGCAUCAUGGACCCUGGCAAUGGAAUACAUACGGAUGUUCUUCCUGGUCUUCAAGAUGGCUACAGCCUUGCAUUUUCCGAUUUUCUCGGUUCUGAUAUACCAUGCUACCCAUCAAUGCAAUCAGAUCUUCAUGCUGGAAUAGGUGCCAAUGACCCAGAGGGUAUUACUGUCAUGGAUGAUCCAAUAUAUGGGUCUCUCACUGAUAUUGGUUUCAUGGACGUGUGGGGGCAGCCCACUCAAGACUAUGACAAAUUCUUCUAG